AUGGCUCCUCCUUCGCGUUGGUGGAAGAAAGUGUCGCUACCAGACACCGUUCAGCUUCACCGACUCGACAAAGAAUUUGUCGCGGUGGGUUGGGACUUCAUCGAAAGCUCAAGAAAAAAAUAUAUGCAUAGCAUAUCAGGGCAGCGUGAGUGCCUGGAGUGGCUCGGUGCUCAUCUAACCGCUGGAUAUCAAGGUCAACCGACGAGUUCCAGAGAUCUUUUGUGCGCUCUAUACGCCCUUGAAAUCAGCCUCCGGCCACUAUACCAACUAUACAAUCGCGAGGCCCCCAACUUCGAUCGUCUAUGCGCAAUCCACCGCUCUGGGGAAUUCCGCAAAAUCGCCACACAAAUCUUCGAGAAGAUGUGGGAUGCAUGCUACCCGGACAUGGAAACGAGGGUCAAGGACCAGAUACGCCAGGAUUACCAAGACUUGCUCAACGGAAACAUACUGGGAUACCAGGCAAUACUUAUCAUCUUGCAGAUUCUCCGGCAACAAGACAGUUUGCGCAUCGCUCUUGGACUGAUCAACAAAGCUGAGGACAUGUUUGGAAGGGAUCAUUAUAGCGCCCGGAUCGAGGAUUGGGCAGCUCGGAAGGAUCCCGAAGAUGAGGACCACGACUAUCACGGCAUUGUUUGGCUGGUCAACGAUAAUGCCGAGAGUGAGGUACCUGGAGCCAUAAGCCAUUGGUCCGGAGUCGCUCCUUCAUACGACUUGUCGCCACUCGAUGCCUAUAGCUGUUUCCUUGGGCCGAGACGCGAUUCGGAGCGCGAGAGACCACAGCUUCCGGUCCGGAACAGGAGACCUUCCGUAACAGCUUUGGGUUCGCGCGGUUUUACAAAUUUCAACCCCCCAGCAGGAUCUGGGUUUGGGACUGGACCGCCAUUACGACCUAUGGCGGUCUUCGGCACUCACCGGAACGAUAUGCGCGCAUCAACAGACAGACGCAGCUUUGAUCCCUUCGUAAAUCAGCGCAGACUCACGAAUCCUGCGAUAGAUUACGGCGAGCUUCCAGAUGCAGAUCGCGACGGCUUCUCAGCCGGCAAGCGCAAGAGUUCGCAGGAUGGUGGGAGAGAAAGAAAGCGAGUCUUCGUUGGAGACAUCGGACAGCGAUCAGCACCGCGACGAGAGAGCCACGUAAUGGAAGAGGUCCAGCAGGAUGGCUGGAAUACCCUUACUCAGGAGGAGCAGCAGUACAUACUCAUGAGGCACGGGUUCCCGCCAAACGCCCGGAUCCACCGCUUCGCCGAUGUAGUUCACAUCACCACGAACCUCGAAAACUUGAACUUCUUCGGCUCCCGCACCUGCCUGUACGAAGACGUAAGUGGGGAGAUAUCGCCAGGCCACUCUGAACUAACAGAACGGGAUCCCUACAACAACCCCCGUGGCCCUAUAGAGCACGCGCAGGAAAUGGAGCGCGGAGUGGCACUCAGCAGACACCCCAUCACUAAUGCACCACCGUGGUACAAGGACCUGCCCUGGGACCAAAUGCACAAGAUCACCUUCGAAGAGUUCAUCGCCUAUUUCCCGAACCACGUCGUCCGCUGGCCGGGCCUCGCGCUCUACCUGCGCCAGCAGAACUGGGAUCGGCUGUUCUAUCGCACCGCGCGGCUGAUCAACCUUGCGCGGGACUCCCAUUAUCCGAACGAAAGGGCGUACCAGCAUAUUGAGGUUCUGCCGCUGAUGAUGAAGGUGCAGCGCGCGAUCCAGGAGUUUGUGCCAGAGUAUCGGCUGGAGGAUCAUCAUGCAUAUGGCAUCGACCAAGAGUGGAUUGACGAGCACAUCUACGACAAGCCUCGCGGCUUCCCUGAGAAUGCGCAGGUUGUGAGCCUCGCUGAGGCGGCUGGCUACAUCACCGGCAGCAACGAGUUCCAGGACCGCCCUUUCUCGCAAAGCGUCCGGCAUCUGCAGCAGAACGCUCAAAGGAAGCCAAAGAACCCUUUCUGCCCGGCGCCGCCCGCGAGGAACCCAUUCGCGCAUCCGGUCGCUCCUCCGUCGAAAUUGCAGCCCAGAGAUCGCAGAACGGGAUGGCUUGGUGCAGAGCCUGAGAUGACGGAUCAGGGCGAGCUGGCAGACGAUGAGGGGGAGACGCCUCCACCUAUUGUAGACUUGUGCGCUGAUGAUCCAGAUUGUGAGAAUUUGGACUGCGAGUUCUUGCAUCCAAGCCGCGAGAAGCCCACGCCGCCACCGCACCUAGAACGACCGCCGCAACAAGAGCGAAAGAAAGCUCCACCACAGCAGCGAGAACGCGAACCCUUCAACGCACACAAAGAGCACCCAUUCUGCAGAUUCGGCGCCAAAUGCAAGAACCGCAAGCACUGCCGCUUCCUGCACCCGGGCGAUCCCGCAUACAACCAAGCCCGCGACCACCAAGCACGACAGCAAUUCAGCCAAGCCAGCCGGUCAAGCCCAUCACACCCACCACCUCAGCAACACCAGCCCCGCCAGAAUCAGAACCAGCACCCUCAGCCCCAACCCCAACGCAACGCGCAACACACGCCCAACGAACCCCUUCCCACCCGCCAAACCCUCUGCCGAAACACUCGCUGCGCAAACCCAAACUGCAGGUUUGGACACCGCUCCCCGGCCGCGCCCAUGGAUAUACACAUCAGACUGGACCAGUGGUGCAGGUUCGGCGCUGCGUGCACGAACCAUCGGUGCGAUAGGAGCCAUGCGAGUCCUACGGCGGCGGGGAGGACGGCGGGGAAGAAUGGCAAUGGCAAUGGCAAUGGCAACCACAAUGACCACGGAGGAGGGAACAAGCACAAGAAUGGGAGCGGGAGUGGGAGUGGACAUGCUGGACAGCGGGGAAAUGGCGAGCGGAGACACGGCACUGGAGGACCUAACAACCAUGCGCAUGGCAGCGGGAGGGGGAGGGAUAACGGCCAGCAAGGCGACAGGAGCAGCGGACGCGGACGGGAUCGUAGCCGCCAAGGUGGAAACGGUGGGGGGCAGAAGAAUGGCCCUGGAGCCCCGAAUGGAGCGAGCCAGACGCAUCGCCGUCCCCAACCGUCUCCUUCGUACGAUGAGGAGCUUUGAUUGGGCUCUCGCCGGCUGGAAGCGUACACCAGCGGAAUAGCAAAGGUAAUUCUGUCUGCUAGCUGGCUAGCUGGGCUGUCGCUGUCGGCAGUAGCAGACAACCCGUCCCUUCCGUUCGGUCGGUCAUGAGCGAGGGAGUAGAGAUUCCUAUUCCUAUUCCUGCCUCCCUUCUUUCCUGGCAUUGCAUCCAUCACUUUUGCUUUGCAUUCAAUUAUCUAGCGUAGUCUUCGUAUUCGAG